CAGUAGGGGCGGAGGGAGGAGUCCCAGCUCGUCACGCGGGAGACGGUGCCCAGCCAGCAGCCGCCACGUCAUCGGCGGAGGCGGGUCGCGGUGGCAGCCUAUCAGGGGUUGAAACGUCACCACCAGCUGACGCCAGCACCGACCAUACAGUACGGGGACGCGCUACGGAUGCUGCAAGAGACGCUCCAAGAGGAUCGGAGACGGAGCCGACAUUCCAGCAACGCCUGCCGGCCCUGCAGGUAUUUGUUGCAAGCGACGGCGAUUGGGGGGGGUUCCAGCGCCGGUUCUUGGCCCACCAAGAGAUGGCAGGCUGGUCGGACAACGAGGCGCUGUGUGCUCUCCCGGCGUUAUUGGACGGCGACGCCCUGGGCACCCUCACUGCUGCACCCAAGUCGGCACGCUCCACCAUUCAGUCGGCGCUGCAGCUGCUGGCCACCGUUUAUGGGCCGCCCUCCGAUUGUCGCCAGCUCUUCUAUGAACGGCAGAAGGGUGAUAAGGAAUCGCCACUCGCUUAUCGCACGGCCCUGCUGUCAUUGGCGAAAGACGCUUUCCCGCGUAUGGAUGAAGAGGGGAUCGAUGCGAUGGUGGCCGAGAAAAUUUUGCUGCUGGCUGACGAUCUGGACUUCACCAUCUUAGCGCAGGACGAUGCGGAUAUGUCAUCACUGCGGGCUGCAAGGCACAUUCACGCCAAUCUCAUCUCCCAGCGGAGGAAGGCGAACAAAGCUGCUGCACGACACACCGUGGCGGCAACCUCUUCUGGAAUGGAGGGAGCCUUCGCUGCGGAUCGUUCUGCAGGAUGGCGAUCUGCCGAGCGACCGGCUCGGGACGUUCCAAGCCACCGAGACCAGCCCAAGUCCUCUGGAACGCUCGUCGUCUGCUAUAAUUGUGGCCUCCGGGGCCACGUGGCGUCCGGAUGCCGGGCUCCUCGACAGCGCGGUGCGAGACCUGGAGCUGCGGACGGCCCUCCUCACAAGCCUUCGCAACAUCCUCGGGAGCCCCAGGACUGAAGCCCUCUGGGCUGCCAGCCUCCCCCGUGGGGGGCGGCGCUGGCACGUCCGGGAAACCGGACGACCAGGCACCUGCUGAUGCGACACCUGCCACUGACUCUACCAAGCCGGCCCCUUGUGACGGGCCCGCUGCACGGACUCGCGCCAAAACGCGCCGGUUGUUAUGAUUAGCUUUCCGCGCGUGUUCCGUUGCUGCGGAACCCGCUCAUUGUAUAUAUGUUUUUUUAAUGGUUGUAUGUGUGUGUAAUAACGAUGACCACGCUAUCUGCUUGUUGCUUGCUGUCCAUGUAAGUGUGUGCGUGUGUUGGGAAUGGACGGAGAGUCUGCUGUGGUUGCUGAGUUUCAAAGGGAGUGUGUGCGCUGCUGCGUGGAGUUGUUAUCUUGAUGGUAAAGUUAAUUAUUAACGUGGGAGCGUCGGGUAUCCUGUGCUGUACCAUCUCGUGGGUCACCGUGCGCGAUGGGCUUAAUUGAAAAAAAAAAUGUUUUUUUUGGGCUGUAUUAUGCUGCGAGGUGCUGUGUGCGAUGCGGUCGUUGCAUGAGAGGGAAUAACUGUGUUGUGGUUGAAAAGUUACGACGGGAUUGAUGGUGUGUUGGUCGCCUGCAGAUUUGCUUGCUAUUGUGCUUCAAUGUACGCGUGUGAUCGCGAUAUGCUGAUUGCAUGUGCUGUUAUACCGUUCUGUAUAUGUGUUGCGGUUCCGGGUGGGGGGUUUUUUUUUUUUUUAGGGAACCAUCGGUUGAUGUUACGCUUGUUCUUGUUAUUGUUACUGUUACGAGGCACACGUGUAUUGACGGUGUUAAUCUUUAUUCU